AUGGCCGACCCUGAUCCACCAGCUUCUCGCCGUCCACCUGCUGUGAAAGAGACACUGCAUGCACAAACAGCGACGGCAACAGUCACUGAAGAUGGCAUCACAACAGAUGGCAAGCUCGGCACCAGCGAACGGCCCUCGUCAGCACGACCGACCAACACACCAGGAUCCGCGCAUGAGACCACGCUCGGAUCCUCGGGAGUCACCAUUGCCGCCAUAUCAGACGACUCCGAUGAGUCCGUCGAGGACUACGACAAGCUGGAGAUCGAUCCAGAUACUCUCAUCCUCAACACACGAAAGAGCUUGGACAGCAGCUAUCGACCCUCCGCCAUGGACUCCGAAACCAAAGCAGGUGCCGCGCGGAAAAGCUCCUUGUCACUCGAUACGGCCGCGUCAGCGAAGAGGAAUAGCAUACAAGUCAAGUUGGCGAGAACAGACAGGAAGGGCCGCUACAUCCUCACAGCCGAUGAUCCGGAGAUCAAGGCGAUACUGCGCAAAGGCAUCGAGAGGGAAGAGGCAGAAGCAAAGGGCAAGAAGCCACGGAAUCGAUUUCGAGACCUCAUCUUCACCAGACAGUUCACCACCUUCGAUCGGCAGAACCCAGCGAGCGCCGACAGUCCAUUCUUCGGCUUCUUCACACUCUUCUGGCUAUGCAUGGCCUUGAUCUUCUUCCAGGUUGCGCUUCGGAACUGGCGAGACUAUGGCAGCAUCUUCGGCUACAAUCAAGUGAUGAAGCUGAUGUUUAGUCGGGACGUGAUAGUGCUGGGUUUGACGGACGGAGUCAUGUGUGCAGCAUGCUUCGAAGGCGUGCUGCUCCAGAAGCUGGUGCAGAAGGGCUACAUCAAUUGGGCGAAGAGUGGGUGGAUCCUUCAGAACCUAUGGCAGAGUGCGUACCUUGGAGGUAUCAUUGGAUGGGCAUACUUCCGCGAGUGGCCAUGGACGCAUACCAUCUUCGUGACUCUACACGGUCUGGUCUUCCUGAUGAAGCAGCACAGUUAUGCCUUCUACAAUGGCUACCUCUCCAGUGUCGCUCGGCGAAAGGCGUUGCUUGAGGAGAAGCUGCAAGCUUUGGAAGCCAUGGAGCCCGUACAAUCUCCGUUAAGCAGUCCCAACGCUACUAACAUCGGUGAUCCGUUCGCAACGGGCACAGACUUGAACGGGCCUGCGGCAAGACCUACCCAACGACGACGUCCAUCUAUGGGUCCACGCACAAGCACGAAUCUGCAGACUGAGAAGUCGGACGUAGCGAACGUGGCUGCAGCAAUCGAGCUGGGGUCAAUCGAUGGGGACCAGAUGAUCACCUUCGCAUCUGUAUUCCGACACGAGAUCGAUGAGCUCAACAAAGAACUACAAGGCGAAAGCGAAGGCGGCCAGAAAACAUACCCCAAUAACCUCACGAUCACAAACAUGGCCGAAUACGUCUGCCUGCCAACCCUCGUCUACGAACUCGACUACCCCCGCCAAGAAAAGACAAACUGGUGGUACGUCGCCGAGAAAACCAUCGCCACCUUCGGCGUCCUCUGCGUAAUGCAAGUCGUCUCACAAGGCUACAUCUACCCACUCGUUGCCAAAACAAACCAGAUGAAGGAAUCCGGCAUGACCCUCGAACAACGCUGGCAGGAAUUCCCCUUCAUCGUCUCCGAUAUGCUCUUCCCCAUGCUCAUCGAGCAACUCCUCACCUGGUACCUCAUCUGGGAAUGCAUCCUCAACGUCCUCGCUGAAGUGACCCGUUUUGCGGACCGCGGCUUCUACGGCGACUGGUGGAACUCCGUCACCUGGGAUCAGUACGCCCGCGACUGGAAUCGGCCCGUCCAUAAUUUCCUCCUACGACACGUCUACCACAGCAGUAUCAGCUCGUUCCAUAUGAGCAAGGUGGGCGCAACCUUCGUAACUUUUCUACUCAGCGCGCUGGUGCAUGAGAUGUGCAUGGCGCUCAUCUUCAAGAAGAUUCGGGGGUAUUUGUUCUGGAUGCAGCUACUGCAGAUGCCGCUGGUGGCGUUCAGCAGGAGUAAGCUCAUGAAGGGGAAGGCGAUUCUGGGGAAUACGAUUUUCUGGCUGGGAUUGUUUAUUGGGCCCGCGAUGCUGACGAGUUUGUAUCUGGUUGUAUGA